CUAUUUUCUACUUUGAUAGUGUUAGCAUAUAUAGUUUGGGUGUGUUGAUUUCAUUAACAUCAUGAAGAUGAAAAUGAUAUUAUCAUUAUUAACAUUUCAUUGUUGUGUAAUCCAUUUAAUUUCAGCCCAACUUCUUCAAGUUGGUUUUUACAAUACAACAUGUCCACAAACUGAAACUAUUGUUCGACAAGCUGUGCAGAAUCAGUUCAAUAGUGACCCUUCCAUCACUGCAGCUUUGCUUCGCAUGCAUUUUCAUGAUUGCUUUGUUAGAGGAUGCGACGCAUCGAUACUCAUAAAGUCAAUAGGUUCUAAGAAAUCAGAGAGAGAAGCUGGCCCAAACAAAACAGUACGAGGAUUCGAGUUGAUCGACAAAAUAAAGAAAACCCUAGAAACAUCAUGUCCAUCAACAGUUUCAUGUGCUGACAUAAUAACACUAGCAACUAGAGACUCUGUAGCAUUAGCUGGAGGCCCAAAUUAUCCAAUUCCAACAGGUAGACGUGAUGGGCUAAUUUCAAAUGCAGCAGAUGUAAAUUUACCAGGCCCAUCAUUAACAAUUCCACAAGCCCUCCAAUUUUUCACAAAUAAAGGACUUACUUUAAAUGAUAUGGUCACACUAUUAGGGGCUCAUACAGUUGGAAUCGCACAUUGUAAUUUUUUCCAAGAUAGGCUAUCGCCCGUACCUGAUAAAACUAUGGAUCCUACAUUAGCGGCUCAGCUAUUGAAAACUUGUGCUAAAAGUUCUGCAACGGCGUUUCUGGAUCAAAAUACGUCUUUUACUGUUGAUAAUGAGUAUUAUAGACAAAUUAUGUUACGUAAAGGUAUAUUGACAAUUGAUCAAGAGCUUACGUUGGAUAAGUCAAGUGCUCCAAUUGUUACGAGUUUUGCAGCUAAUAAGGAUGUAUUUAGCCAAAGUUUUGCAAAUGCAAUGAUAAAAAUGGCAAAUAUUGAUGUUUUAGUGGGGAGUGCUGGAGAAAUUAGGAAAAAUUGUGGGGUUUUUAAUCAGAAGGCUAAUCGCAAGGUUGUUAAUUAGGAAACAUAUGCUAUAAUAUAGUAUUUAAUUUUGAGUGUAUUAUUUUUAUUUUACUA